AUGGCAGACACUCUGUUUCUCGUUCUCAAAAAAGUUGCCCUGAUCCUGGGAGAAGGGGCGUUAGAGAAGCUGAGAACAGAGGUGGCGGAGGAAGCAUCGGCUGUCACUGAUUUCGAUCAUGGCAUGAAACAGAUCGUGGGCGAGUUCACGAUUCUGCAGGCAUUUAUUGGCCAGGUUCGCACACGGAAUGCUGGUGAGAAGACAUUUGAUGCCUGGCUGGACCAAGUUACAAAUGUUGCACAUCAGGUAGAAGAGAUCAUUGACGAGUAUAGUUUCCUUACUACGCAAGCCGUGGUCAUAAACAACUUCUUCAAGAGGAAAUUCCAUCAGGCAAAGAGCUUUGCAGCAUGGCAGAGCCUGUCAAGCCAGAUUGAUCAAGUAGAAACUCGAAUUCAGCAUCUAUCAACAGUGAAAGAUCGUUAUGGCAUUUCCGUAGGAGAACCGGGCAGGAGUAGCACGUCGCAAUAUGCCAGGCAGCUCUCUGUAUCAGAUUCUCCUUGCCUAUCUGAUGAUACUGAAUUAGUGGGGAAUGCCUACGAAAUUGGAAGGUUGACACAAUGGUUACUGUCGGAGCGGCAAGACCGAUCGAUCAUGUCCAUCCUUGGUAUGGGAGGUUUAGGCAAAACAACCAUAGCGAGCAGUAUCUACAAAAUUAAAAGAAUUAGCAGGAUGUUUGAUUGUUUUGCAUGGGUUACUCUAUCUCAGAAUUGUCAAGUUGAAGACCUAGUGAGGCAAAUCAUGAAGCAGCUGAUGGACCAAAGAGCUUACAUCGCUAGUGGUAUCGAGACUAUGAGUCAUGUAAGACUAAUCGAGGAACUUCAGAGCUACCUGUGUGACAGGAAAUAUCUCAUUGUCUUGGAUGAUGUAUGGGAUAAACAUGGCUGGUUAUUCUGUUCAUUUGUAAGAAACGAUCGUGGAAGUAGGGUACUAGUGACAACUCGCAAAAAGGACGUUGCUUUGUUAGCAGAUGAUGGAUUAGUUGUGAAGCUUAAAUUUCUUCUUCUGUCAAAAGGCAAUCCGUAG